AUGACGGACAGUCAGACAUGGUGGACAGAUGAACGAGUCCAGAGCACGGUGACUCCCGAAUACGUCCUCAAGCAAUUCAGACUUGAAGAGCAAAACUUGCUGAAGCGAUCUAUUAUUUUUGGUGAUGGAGUAACCAACCAUACCUACCUUGGCUGCAUUCUCGAACGCGCGACCCGAUUCUUCCUUAUUCUCACACACCUUGGGGUUCCAGGGCUGAUCUUCCGUCUUGUCGACGAAUCCUAUGACGAUAAGGACUUGCCAAUCGCGGCAGAAGCGGUGCACACUUUGAGACUCUCUUCUGGGUCGGACACCUCGCUGGACAGAAGAUUCUACCAAGCGCAAUUCAAGUACGUAGCUAGAGACGUGAGGAAAGGUCAUCAUAUACAUUUUCUGCACGAGGAAACCGUUCCAGUAAGGCUCGUGGGGUCAGCGAGCGGUAUCAGUCGCGCGGCGAAAGAUGGGAUCGAAAAAGUGCAUAUUGGAUCUGGCGACGUGAAGGUAUAUGGUCGAAAGAGAAUAAUCCUUGAAGAGUCUCACACACAUCUCACCGAAGCAGAUAUCCUCUCCGAAAUAGCUUUUGCCAAAACUUUGGCACAUCAGCAUGUCUUGUCACUUUAUGGAUCUUACAGCCAUGGCAACAGCUUGUUUGUGCUGCUUACGCCGAGCAUCGAAUACACGCUCAACUCGUUCUUGGAUAACCCGCCAAAGCAUUUCGAGAGUCUACCAAAACCCCAACGUCGUGAAACCGUACUAAACUGGCCACACUGCCUGGCAAAUGGUCUAGCAUGGCUUCACAGCAAUCGCGCGCAUCACGGUGCAAUCCGUCCCUCAAACAUUAUAAUCGACAGUGCAUAUCAGAUCUGUCUUGGGCAGGUUGAUGGCUUGCCUGUCACACACAGCAAUGUGAAGGUGAGCGAUAUCGAAUCAUACCAAUAUGCAGCACCAGAGCGUUGGAAGAGGACAGCUACAAUGCAGACCAAAACACCGGCUAUGCUCACAAUGCAUUCCGGCGGCCGUACAGCCCGAAAGCAGAACACAAGUAGGCAUAGCGCGUCGAGCUCUGUCAACGAUUCGCACGAGAGACGACCCUCGCUUACACCGCCAACCUCGUCGGGCUUUCCGAUUGACACUUCUAAACCCACAUCAACCGCCUAUCCACUCAUCCCAACUUCGAAAGCUAAUAAUCCUCGCGGGCAAGGAAGAAGUCUUGACAAAUCCGAAUACGCUGCCUCGAUCUUGUCAUCGAGUUCGUCGGAGACAAGACAAGACAGGUCAAACUCAUUGCGGGUGCCUACUAACCAAGUAGAUCAUCAGUUGCGCCCUAGAUUGCCAACCUCGUUCUCUACAGCUCGCUCGCAUGUCUCUUCUCACAGCGGAGAUGGCGGACAGAACGUCAAUACUGCAACCGCGCGUUCUGUCACGGUCGCCCCGAGCGAGAUCAGAAGUGCACUGAUCCAAACAUGGCAAUCUGCGCAAUUUGAUCCCUUUGCCGCGGAUAUCUUCUCCUUAGGCGCAAUCAUUAUCGAAAUCAUCACUUUCCUCUGCAAGCGAGGCUCUAGUGCCUUCUCACGGCAUCGCUCGGCCAAGAAUCGAACGGCUGGGAGAGGGGGAGGUGUUGCAGAUGCAAGCUUUCACGCCAACCUUGGUCAGGUGUUUUCUUGGACGGUGGCGUUAGAGCAAGAUGCGAAAAAGAAGGCUUCCAAGGAGGAUGGCAAAAUCUUCUCGGCUGUUGGUCCUGUCAUGGACAUCGCUCGAGAAUGUUUGGCAAGAUCCGCAGAUAAGAGACCAGAUGCUUCAUUGCUCGAAACUACGCUAGAAGGCUGUAUUCAACAUCUCACAAGCUCCGGAACUGCUCAUUGUAGUCUCCAAAGUCACGUUAACACUCCAGGAAAGUCGCGCUUAGCGGCGCGUGCUCCCUUGAAGCAUUCGGUAACCCUCACACCGAUGCAGGAGAAGGAGCUGGGAAUUUCAAAAAGAUUCGAGGAAACAAAUUCCUCUUUGGCAUCAUUCAAUUUCGACGAGUAUAGUUUAGGCAAAGAAAGCAUGUACAAAGUUGACAACGAGGCUGACAGAGAAUCGUUUGGACGGAGAAGGUACUCUGUCAUAUUUCCAGACGACGAGAUCAUUGAUCUCCAGUCUAUUGCUGAUCGACCAGAUCGGAUACAGAAUGGGACCGACAUCUCAGGUUGGAGUCAUAUGCAUACAGAUCCUCGAGCUUCGUAUAUGUCCUCUGAUAGUGAUGUGCAGUCAGACUUACCACCAGAGCCGCAGCAGCUCGAUAGCUUUUUCAAACCGGCAUCCCGGCCUCCUUCGCUUCCCGCCAAGGAUCUCUUUGCACCUGAAUUGGGCAGAGCACUGUCGCAGCAUUCCCCAACCCAUGCUCGCACAAGCACUACGGCGCGAAAGUAUGUGACAGCAGACCUUGGCCGUCCGCGGCAGACUGGCUUGGCAUCAGAUUCAGCCGGCCUGCGUGGAAUAAUUCCCAACCGUGAUAUAGCCAGAUCAACGACCAGCGGAUCUAGCGCCGAUUCGUCUCAUAUCAGAAACAGUAUUCUGAGUUCUACUGAUCGCAGCCGAGGCCGGCUCAGCGUAUCCACUCUUGCGAGUAACUCAUCUACAAUACGAUUGGAGUGGCAGCAAAGAGAUGUUUCGCCCGUCUCGGUGGGUGAUGGAAACAGAACCCCGAAUGCGUCCGCUUGUGCGUCCGAGGAUGCUGCUUCGGAAGACGAAGGAGUAAAUGACGGCCCAGAUGAACAGACAACAGCCCCGAGCAGACGGGGAGACCUUUCAAAUGCGGAAAAGAUGUACCGGAAUUUGCAGCGCAGCCGGAUGUCGCUCAGUAAAACUGGAGGUGAAAGCAAGGGUAAGAAGAAAACGGAGAGUAGUGCCGGUGCGAAGAGAGCCUGGUUACAAUCUCGAUACUCGCUGCUAGGAGGGAAGACGUGA